UCAUAUUUCAUCACAGAAAUUAAUAACCUUGCACUUCUUUCGUUUGCUUUCUUCACUCUUGUGUUAAUCAUGUCUCCUUCUGAGAUAACGACCGCCAACGCCACCAUAGAGUUGAUAGAGAUGCCGAAGAAGAGGGCUUAUGUUACUUUCUUGGCCGGCAAUGGAGAUUAUGUGAAAGGUGUUGUGGGUUUAGCCAAGGGAUUAAGAAAGGCUAAAUCUGUCUACCCCCUUGUUGUUGCUAUUUUGCCUGAUGUCCCCGAGGACCACCGCCAAAUCCUCAAGUCUCAAGGCUGUAUUGUUCGUGAGAUUGAGCCGGUUUGUCCUCCUGAGAACCAGACAGAUUUCGCCAUGGCAUAUUAUGUCAUCAACUACUCAAAACUUCGUAUUUGGGAGUUUGUGGAAUACGAGAAGAUGAUAUAUUUGGACGGUGACAUACAAGUUUUUGAUAACAUUGAUCAUCUUUUCGAUGCACCCGACGGCUACUUUUAUGCUGUUAUGGACUGUUUCUGUGAGAAAACCUGGAGUGAUUCAGCUCAGUACAAGAUCGGAUACUGUCAGCAGUGCCCAGAGAAGGUCCAGUGGCCGGAGGAGAUGGGGUCUCCUCCUCCUCUCUACUUCAAUGCCGGGAUGUUUGUGUUUGAGCCUCAUCUUUUGAUUUACUUUGAUCUCCUGGAUACCCUCAAAGUCAGUCCUCCAACUUCAUUUGCUGAGCAGGACUUUCUUAAUAUGUACUUCAGAGAAAUUUACAAGCCAAUCCCUCCCAUCUACAACCUUAUUUUGGCGAUGCUAUGGCGCCACCCUCAGAAUGUAGACAAUCUUGACCAAGUGAAAGUUGUCCACUACUGUGCUGCAGGAUCGAAGCCAUGGAGGUACACAGGAAAAGAAGAGAACAUGGAAAGGGAAGACAUAAAAAUGCUUGUGAAAAAAUGGUGGGAUAUUUAUGAGGACGAGUCUCUUGAUUACAAAAACGUUAAUUGCAGUGCCAUGGCCAACAAUGAAAAGCUUGGAAGCUUGUUAAUGGAAGCCCUGACGAAGGAUGAAGAAGAGGAUUUGGUUCACCAAAGGAGUGCACCAUCAGCAGCCUAAUUUAUAUAUUGGUGUUAGUUAUAAUUAGCAACCAAUAAUACAAUAUAAAUACAAUAUAGCUAACGUACUAUACAUAUAUAUGUUUCCGUAUGUUAUAAGCUGGUAGUGCAAGGAAUAAAUCAAAGUACCAAUAUUUGGGUUUAAUUUGUGGUUGAGUUUUUGUCUCAAUUUCUGGGAAAUUGUGGACUCAGAAAAUUAUAUGUUUUAUCUUUGAAUUCAGUUCCAGAGUCCUCA